GUCCCGCCCCCAAGAAUGAGCUCCUGGCAGGGCGAGGCCAAAUUGUGGGAGUCUUCCAGCCUCGGAGGCUGCUCCCGGAGUGCCGCGUCCCGGUCAGACAACCCAAGGGAGCCCCCGCGUAACCCCUUCCCCCGGGACCGCUGGCUGAGACAGCCAGGUCGCUGGAGCCACGAUGAUUUCCUUCGCGCCUCUCUCGGUGCCGCUGCAGCGGCGGCUGCAGACUCUAGCGGCGGUUCAGUGGAUUUUCAGUUUCCUGGUUCUGGGCUUUGUCUGCACAGCCGUCUUCAUUGGGCUCUUCUUCACCCGCUUUUGGUUCCUCAGCAUGCUAUACUCAGCCUGGUGGUACCUGGACAGAGACACUCCAAGGAAAGGUGGGAGGCAGAUCCAGACCAUGAAGCGAUGGCGUGUUUGGAAGUACCUGGCAGACUACUUUCCUGUCACACUCAUCAAGACAGUGGAGUUGGACCCCACCCAGAACUACAUUGCUGGCUUCCACCCUCAUGGCGUUCUGGCUGCUGGAGCCUUCACCAACUUCUGUACUGAGGGCACUGAUUUUUCUUCUGUGUUUCCUGGGAUCCGUUCCCACCUGAUGAUGCUGACUUUGUGGUUCCGAAUUCCCAUCUUCAGGGAUUAUAUCAUGAGUGGAGGUCUAGUCACAUCAGAGAAGGAGUGUGUCUCAUACUUGUUGAGCAAGAAGGAAGGUGGAAACUUGCUGGUGAUCAUUGUGGGAGGGGCCCAGGAGGCCCUGGAUGCUCGGCCUGGAAGCUACACACUACUACUGAGGAACCGCAAAGGAUUUAUCAAACUUGCUUUGCUUCAUGGGGCAGCUCUGGUGCCUAUAUUCUCCUUUGGGGAGAAUGAACUCUUUGACCAAGUUGAGAAUCCCCAAGGAUCCUGGUUACGCUGGAUCCAGGAGAAACUGCAGAGGGUCAUGAGCAUUUCCUUCCCCCUCUUCCAUGGCCGAGGGAUCUUCCAGUACAACUUUGGCCUGCUCCCUUACCGGCGGCAAAUCACUACUGUGGUGGGAAAACCCAUCAAGGUGAAGCAAAAUAUCAACCCAUCCCAAGAGGAAGUAGACCAGUUGCACCAGCUUUACAUGACAGAACUGUGCAGCCUCUUUGAAGCCCACAAGACCAAAUACAAUGUGCCCCCAGAACAGCACCUGGAGUUCCGAUGAGCCCACCACUUCCCAUGCUCUCUCUUUGCCCUGUCCUUGGGUGACAUCACAAAGCAAUGGAGCCCUGACUAGCAACUGUGGUGCCUAUAGCAAGCAAAAGAAAUGAUUCCUAUCCAUCUUAUUCUUAUUUAGAGGAUCAUAUCUUUAGAGGAUAUAGAGUCCAACUCCCUUAUUUUGCAAAUGAGGCCCGGAGACAUGAAAGUCACAUGAAGUGACUUUCCCAAGGUCAUACAAUUUGUAAGUGUCAGACAUAGGAUGCAAACCCAAUGUCUUCUUUACUCAAAGACAAUCUGUAUGCACUUACCUCCUUAACUGCUCUAAAUUCAUGAUACAAAAAAAAAUAUAUAAAAAGGAAUUAAAGCUUCAAUUGAGGGGUUAUGGAUAGGUAGGCACAUGAAUGUAUUGUUGGGGAAGCUAUGGAUUUAGGACAAUUGUUUUGGAAAUAAAAUUGAAAUCAUUCUGAUGAAGGGGCUAAAAUGUAGAUGCCCUUUGAUCUAGAGAUUACUCUGAUAGUCACAUACCCCAAAGGAGGGCAUUGAUGAAGAAAAAGGCACCAGAUACACCAAAAUAUUGAUAGCACUUUUUUGGUAGCAAAGAACUAGAAACAAAAUAGCUGCUCAUUUAAUAGGGAAUGACUAAACAAACUGUGGUCCAUGAAUGUAAUGGAAUAUUAACUAUGCUGUAAGAAUUAUGUGUGAUGAAUACAGAGAAGCAUGGAAAGAUCUACAUGAACCGAUGCAGUUUGAAGUAAGCAGACCCAAGAAAACAAUAUUCACAGUAACUACAACAAUGGAAAUGGAAAGAAUAACCACAAACCAAUCAAAACUGAAAGUUGCAGAAUUACAAAGAAUAAUCUUGACCCCAAAGAGCUAUGAGAAGACUUCUCUCCCAACUCCUUUGCAGGAGAGGAUGGUGGUGGGGAAUGGGUGUGAAAUAUUGCAUCUAUUUGUCAGAGUUUAAUUUUAAAGUAUUGGUUUUUCUAUUUUUUUUCCCUUUCCCUUUUUCUUUUUAAAGAAAUCUUUUGUUCUGCGGGAUAGCUCUCUGUGAAGUGGGAAGGGAGAAAAGAAUUCAGGGGAAAAUUCAAACAAUAUAAAGGAAAAAAUAUCAAUAAAGAUUUUAUUUUUAAAAACUUUGGUU